AUGUCUUUACAAGAGAACGGUAUUAGCCGUGAAGAUAAAGACGGCCUCUUUGCCAAUUCAAGCAGUGCUUCCAGUAUCAACAAGAAAACGGCAGACCCUUCCUUCAAUUCAGAAAAUGUUGAAUCACAAAGAGAAGAAGGCGAGCACGGCAAUAUCCUCUCGCAAUAUACUGAAAAGCAGGUUAUGCAAAUGGGAAGAAACUAUGCACUUAAACAUGACUUGGAUCCAGUCUUGUUUGCCAAUGCUGCAGCACUAGCACGUGCACCCAGUGCCUUCAACUCUAUGCCAUUUCUUUCAGAUGAGGAAAAGCAAGGCUUGUACCUUGAAGCCACCAAGAAAUGGCAUAUACCACGUAAGCUUUUUGCGUGUAUCGCAUUGGGUAGUAUGGCUGCAGUCAUUCAAGGUAUGGACGAGACUGUUGUUAAUGGUGCCACAUUGUUCUAUCCCAGAGCAAUGGGGAUUGACCAAAUGGCAAACCCAGAUUUACUUGAAGGAUUAAUCAAUUCAGCACCCUAUCUUUGUGCCUCAUGUAUUGCAUGUUGGCAAACAGAUUUGUGGAAUCGUUACUUGGGCAGAAAAUGGACUAUUUUUUGGACGUGUGUUAUCUCAGCAGUCACGUGUAUCUGGCAAGGUUUUGUUUCUGUUCAUUGGUGGCACUUGUUCUUGGCUCGUUUCUUUUUAGGAUUUGGCAUUGGUAUCAAGUCAGCAACUGUACCUGUUUACUGUGCAGAAUGUUCACCAAAACAUAUUAGAGGUGCCUUGAUUAUGCUUGGUUAUGUUGCAUGCUUGGCGUUUUACCAUGUUCCAGAUAAGAGUUUUGGCUCUGGAUUGAACUGGAGACUUAUGCUUGGACUGGCUUGUCUUCCAGCAAUCUUUAUUCUUUUCCAAGUCCCCUUUGUUCCUGAAUCUCCACGUUGGUUGAUGGGUAAAGGUCGUCAUAGAGAAGCAUUUGAGAGUUUAGAGCAGAUGAGAUACGAGAGAAUAGCAGCAGCUAGAGACUGUUUCUACCAAUACGUCUUACUUCAAGAAGAAGAAGGUUACGAUGUGCCAACUUGGAAGAGAGUUAUUGAGAUGUUCACCAUUAGAAGAAAUAGGAAUGCAGUGAUUGGAUCAUGGAUUGUGAUGUUUAUGCAACAAUUUUGUGGUAUCAAUGUUAUUGCAUACUAUUCCUCGUCGAUUUUCCUUAAUGCUGGUUUCAGUGAAAUCUCAGCACUCUUGUCUUCAUGGGGUUUCGGUAUGAUUAAUUUUACAUUUGCCAUUCCAGCUUUUUUCACAAUUGAUAGGUUUGGACGUCGUAACUUGUUGUUAUUCGCUUUCCCAUGUAUGUGUGCCAUGUUAUUGGUUGCUGGUUUUGGUUUUUUGAUCAAUGAUACUCAGGGUAAAUUGGGAAUGGUUACCACAGGUGUUUAUUUGUUUACUUGUUUCUACAGUUCUUCAGAAGGACCAGUGCCAUUUGCCUACUCUGCCGAAGCAUUCCCAUUGUAUAUUCGUGACUUGGGUAUGGCAUGGGCUACUGCAACGUGUUGGUUCUUUAAUUUUAUGUUAGCUUUUACGUGGCCAAGAAUGAUGAGGGCAAUGUCACCAACUGGUGCUUUUGGUUUUUAUGCAGCAUGGAAUGCUAUUGGAUUCUUUUUGGUGUUGUGGUUCUUGCCAGAAACCAAGAAUUUGACCUUGGAGGAGUUGGACGAUGUGUUUGCUGUGCCCAUGUACAAGCAUGCAAUCUAUCGUACGAGGACUUUUUUGAAUGGUGUUUCAAAGCGUGUGUUGCACAAGGAUGUGAAGGACCCACCACCUAUUUAUUCACACCAGAGAAUGGCAGUUACCAACCCAGAAUGGAAUGAAAAAGUUGAAGUUGACCAUGAGGAGUGA